AUGGAAGCUACCAAACCGAAGAGGAAACAUAAGCGAAGAUCUAAAGAUGCGGCCACAAAAUCUGCAUCAGCGGGGAAAGAAUCUGAAGCCUCAAAAGGUCUAUAACGCUUAUGUUUCAUCGCGGAGGGUUUUGUUUUGUUUUGAAAACACAGCGAUUUACGAAAUGUAUCAUGUCAUUUCUAUUUUUUUUAUGUUAGUCCUGUCCAUUAUUUUACAGAUGCUACUCUCAGUACUGUUUCUGAAGGGGAAACAAGUGAAGUGACAAAGUUAAGUGAAAAUGCUUUUGCAGCUGAGCCCGUGACAGAAGAUUCAUUGAGUACUCUCCUUCCCGGCACUUCUGAAUUAGCUGAGAAAAAUGAAGAGGUUUUACCCUCACAAAAGGACGAAAAUGAGACUGAGGAUGUCAAAGAACUGGAGAGUUUCAACAGUGAGACAAAAUCAAAUGUGAAUGCUUCAGUAACUGAAGAUGACAAUGAAUCAAAAUCUUCAGCUCAUGUAGAUCAUAGUGUUAAAGAUGAACCUGAACAAUGUUCAACACUUGAAAAUCAAGCUGUCCAUACAAGUAUAGCACAGGCUACAACUGGAGUUGAAAUGGGCACAAAUAAUCAAAUUCCUGAUCAAUUACAGAAAGAAAAUGCGAUUGAAACAGAUAGAGGUCUAAUAAGGGAAACUUUAGAACUGGAGGACAAAGAUACGAGUAAAGAUGAAGCUCAGAGUGAUGUUAACAAACCUGAAUUUAUGUCAACACUAGAAAAUGUUGUUGUCAGUGAAAGUACAACACAGGCUACCACAGGGGAUGAAAUAGAGAGAAGUCAUCAAAUUCCUGCUCAAGUUGAGAAAACACAAGAAAAUGAAACAAGUGUAACUUUGAGUAGCAGCAGAUUACAACAGGAUGACAAAGUCAACAGUUCUGGAAAUUUAUUACCGCAAGUUGGUGACAGGGAGUUACCAGUAAGCAAUGAGGAUGUAAGAACACCUCAGUUAUAUCCAGAACUAGACUCUUUAGCCAAAAAGUCAGGUAAGGCCUAAUUGGCUCCUCACUUAUAUAUUGCACCUUGUUAGAUGUUAAAAAUAGACAAGUACAUGUUUACCUGUAAUCUACAUGAAUAUUUAAAUUAAGGGAAAGAGAUAUUUUUGUUGUAGAUCUGAUCCAAUCCAAAGUUGCUCAAAGUUUUGCGACAAUGUUCCCUGAGUGGCAUUUUGGAUAGCUUUGUGUGGAUUAACCCUUUAACUCCCAUGAGUGACCAAGACAGAAUUUCUCCUUACAAUAUCAAUACAAUAUCAAGCAGACAAGUGAUGAGGAUAAAGAAAAAUAUCAGUUAGGGGAUUAUAGGUUGAUCCAAUGCCAAAUUCUCCAAACUAACAACACAAGAACUGUUUGGCAGACAGUUAGGAGAAUUACUAAUGAGAUAUUGGAAGUUAAAGGGUUAAAAAAGAAUUAGAAAGGUGGUAAAUUUUAAGCUUGGAAAUGAAAUGAAGAACAAUGUUUUUGUUAUCUUGUCAAGAGUAUGAGACCUGGAAUAUAAACUGUGAAUUGCCAUGAUGCACCAGCCUCGGACCUUUGGUUUUCUGUGCUCUGCCACUGAGCUACAGAGAUUCUAAAGUGAGCCAGGCAAUUGGUUAAUUCAUAUAUAUUACACAUACUGCUAGGAUCAGUAGUAUCAAAAGCCUCAUAUGUGACUUAAUAAAAGAAGAGCAUAUGAACUUAGUAAUGGCAUUGCACACUAUAGAGUCUCUGUGGCUCAGUGCUAGAGGGUUGGAGUAUAGAAUUUGAAGGUCUAAGGUUUGAUUCCUUACGAUAGCUUGCAUUUUUAGUUUGCAUUGUCCUAGUGUUCAGACAAAAACAUAUCUUUCUUAACUACAUUACCAAGCUUAAAAUUGGCCAUCCUCCUCAUUCUGUUGAAUCAAACAAGGCUUUUGAAUUACUGAUCCUACUAGUAUACAAGACGUGUGUCACAUAUAUGUAUGAACCUUGUAAUGGCCUUUGGCUCAGUGGUAAAGCAUUAGAGCGCACAAUCCAUAUAUCUGAGGUUAGCUUUCUCAUUGGGACUCAGAAUUUUCCUGUGUUCCAUGCUUGCAAGAAGAUAAAGAACAAAAGAUCUUUCAUUGAUAUACCCAGAUUUUUCAAAGACAAUCAGAAAGAUACAUUUCGACAAAACCUUCUCCAUUGUGAUCAUUUUAUCUUCAUAGGUUUUGAGAAAAUACCACUCCCUUCUGAAGCAGUUUUUUAAGAUAAUAUGUCAGUCAAGGAUUUAAUCAAUAAUGGUUAUUUUUUGUUUGGAAAAAAGAAAUUGGUUAAUGCAGGCAAAAGAAUUGUGUCCAGGGCCAAGUUGUUCAAAGCUGGGUUAAGAUAACCCAGGGUUAAUGUGAAAUCUGGUUUCAGAUCUGAAAGCUGUAAGAGAAAAAAACCAUAUAAUUCACUUUAUCCAAAAUAUGGUCACUGGAUGCUUUAAAAAAGAAAAGAAAAAAUUAUCCAGAAAAGGGCAUUUGAACAAAGACAUACAGAAACCUGGAUUUAAAUUUAAUCCUGGGUUAGCGCUAAUCGACCUUCGAACAACCGGGCCCAGUUAUAGAUGUUUAUUAAAUUUUGUUCCAAGGAUGAGCAUGGCAAAAGCAUGAAACAUGAUAGGGUAAUAACCUAUUACUUAUAUGAGAGGUACUACUAGUUUUCAGCAAGAUAUUACUAAAUGGACAGAGGCAGAAGAGAGAGUUUUUGUUUCUUUGUUUGAUAAAUCCCUGUAUAUCAAUUGUUUACCAUUUUGGUAACUUUCCUCACAAACAGUAACAAGCAUAAGGCAGUACAGAAUGACUCUAGAAGCAUUUAGUGAAGACCACCUGAAAACUCUGUACUUCAACCCUCUGUUGGAACAGAUGGAAGAUUUUGUGGAGCACUUUAUUAAGGUAUGAGUCAAACAAACACCAGUGAACUUUGCUGUGUUCCUAGGAGUGGAUUGCCUGUGGUGGUAUUGAAAUAGUUGGUAAUGUGUGGUUUGCACUUGUUGUUUUUCAAACAUUCCUUUGUUUCAACAUUUUCAAACCAAUUUAAUUUUGACUUUUCUUCGUCUCUGAUCUUUUAAGGUUACCAGAAUCUUACAUGUAGGCAAAGAAAAACUUAUUGAAAUUAACCUGAUUUGAAAAUUUUUGAAGCAAAGAAUAUUUUUUACCACACCACAUAUCUCAGUAAACAAGAAGGUGACUUGAAUGAUAAACACUGAAUUAAAAGGUUCUGCAUGGCAUUAUCUUGAUUAGCUCUUAUGCAUGAUGAUAUCAUUAUUUAAUGGAAAUUUUUCCUUAAGCCCUGUUUGCACUAAAAUUGUCACAAGUCUCUGUUCUGUUCUUGUUUGUUUCAUGUGGUUAUUCUUUUGAUUUCGGUGUUGGGUACUUUCCAAUCAAUAUUCACAGGUCUGCACCUUAAAAGUGAGGGGAGGCAGCUAGGGAAGCCUGUAUUUGUGGCAACAAUCAAUUUAAAAUCUCCCUCCAAAGAUACGCCAUUCUUACUUGCCCAUGCAUAACAAUUGCCAGACUGCAUACAAUUAAAUUUUAACAAAGUUUAUGGAAUAGACCAUCUUUGUAUGCACUACCACUAUUAUGGCUAUUAGCUAGCAUCUGAAGAACACAACCACUUAUCAUAAAUUCCUGAUGUUCUCUUACUUAUGACAAAUGGCACUCAUGUUCUUUUUCAUCAGUUGUUUAAAAUGUUUUGUCUAGUAUGCAGUUCUGACAUGCACAUUUAACUUAAUUGACAGAUCAGCAAACAAGAUGAUCAUGAGUUCUAUGAACUUGUGAAUGCUUACUUCAGAGGGAGAAAUGCUCUGGCAAUGGCCAUAAAGGAAUAUGAGGUUUGUAUGUAGUAUCCAGGAAAACUAGAAUGAAGGAUGCCUAGCCUGAAGCAGUGGUUUCAACAAAAGCCAGUUACCAGUGGUUUACACUAAUCUAUAAGACCUUUCACUGCAGUCUAUUUAGCCUGUGACUAGGCUCUGGUAUUUGUGGUGCUACAUGUAAAUUGCAACUCCAGCUUGUGGUUAAUAGUUACAUGUAAUAAUGAUAAGUUAAGUAUCUUAUAUACAAAAUAUUUAUUGUUGUUAAUAAUUGUCAAUAUUUAUGAUUAAAUUUGUCAGUUCAGUUAACAAGAACCAAUAGAGAAAAUUUUGAAUUGCCAUAAAUUAUGUUCUGUGUCAGUGUCUCUUGUAUCCUGAUAAUAGAGAGUUACUUUUGGUUUUUUAAUAGAUUGUUCUUGAUGAGUGCGAGAAAAAGAAAGAGCAACUAUGGAUUGACAAAAACUUUUCAGUUACAGCUCAGGUAAUGAAGUUAUUAAGACUGACUUGUCACCAUCUGGUAGAUCGAUUGAAUAACUGACUUAUGACUAAUUGACUUUUAAACUAAUUGAGUAACUUAAGUUUGUGCUUGAUUGACUGACUGACUGUUUGACUAACUCGUUAAUUAACUGAGAAUUAAGUGACUGAGUGAUUGAGAGACUGGUAGACUAAAUGACUGAUUGACUGACAGACAGACAGAUUCAUUGGUUUUUUGACUGGCUUUUUAAUGGUAGAUUUGUUUAUUGACUCACUUACUGGCUAAUUGACAGACCCAACCACUCACUGACCGACAGAUUUGUUUUGAUAAAUCAUUUAACGGACUGAUCACAUUUAUGCAUAAAUGUAUAUUUAUUUAAGACAAGAUUAUAUUUCACUUGAGCACUUAUUGACAAGUUGACUACAAUUGACCACAAUCCAAUUGCAGGGAAAAUGUCUGGACCAGGUAAAUGUCACACACAACCAUAGUUACCAACAAGUGGAGUUAAAUGCUGGCGUUCCUGGUGAGAUUGAGAGCAUGCUUGGAAAACUUCACAAAGCUUUACAUGAGGUAACAUAGUUAUAAAUGCACUUGGAACUCAGGUGACUGUUUUCCUGAAAGUUUAUUAUGAUAUGGUAGUACUGAACAAAUUGACCUGAGUGUAUCCCAUUUUUACUAUAAGGUCCAAAGUGUACCAUUUCUAUCUUAAAUAAAAAGGAGCUCUCCCUCAGGAUUUAGAACAUCAGUUAAGGGUUUAUUAGCCAGAGGCUGCUUAACCCUAUAUUAGAACCUGAUUAUGGCAUGUACAUAUCACACAUGUACUUAAUUUUUUUUUUCUGGCUCCAAGUGACCACAAAAUAACAGAAAAAUUUGUAAGUCACCAUUUAAUUGGAAAAAGGGAAACAAAAAAAAGAGCUCAAAGAUUGUAAAAGCUUUGUAUGGUUCAAUAGGCUGUUUCAGACAUUUAAUGAGUAAACCAAAGUACAGUUGUAAUUAAUAUUGACAGAGACAGUUACAGAAGAAUGAAAAGUGAGGGAGAGUUGGGUCAGGUCAUGUAAUGAAGACCAGACCCAAACACUUCCCUCAUAUUUUGCUCUGCUGCUACUUUAUCUAAAAUACUUUUUUCAUUUCAGACCCUUGCUUUGCAAAGAUACACAUGUCAGCUUGCUCGGCUUCAUAUUGAUAUGUACAUCUAUGACAUGCUGUCUCAAUCACCCAUUUCAAGGAAUGUUUCAUCUGAGACACUAGUGACUGGUAAGAAGGAACUUCAUCUCCGUAGCAGACAUCUGCUCUUAACCAUGUUUGCAAGUUCUACCAUUAUAAUGAUUAAAAUUAUUAUUACAAUUAUUAUUAAUUUGUCUCACAACAGUCUCAUCUAAGCUGUAGACAACUGAUCCUUGAACUUUGUGACGACCAAUAUUUCAUGUAUAUAUGCUUGCAUUUUUUGCAAAAUUGUCACCUGAAGUUAAGGUGCAUGAUGUGGCCUAAUUUUUUAUCUCUGAUUCAAGGUUUUUUCCUUUGUCUUAAACUCAUACCAAGGCACAAACUUAGACACAUUCUUGAGAAGAAUACAGCUUCAAACCAAUACUGAAUUUGAACCACACAGUCUGUAUACAAGACCUGAUUUACUUGUACAAUCAUAUAACCAGAGGAUUCCAAGUAAAUCAGGCUAGCAAGCUAACACAGUUUCCUUUUUCAAUUAAGAAUUGUGCCCUGUUGAACAGAGUCCAGAUAUUCAGGCUGAGGUCCAGAAGUUGAGAGACUGCAUCAGUGUAUUGUUCAUGUUUGUUCGACAGCCAAUUCAAGAUGAAGAGUUUGUCACAAUUUUGAAUGGCUGGAUGGAACAGCUGGUAUAGUGUGGUUCAUUUAUUUUAAUGAGGCACUGUUAGGGUGCAGUGUUGUCAGUGUUUGCAGCUGGCUUUGUGAAAUUAGCUUUUUUGCAUUAAGGCUUACUAACAAAAGGCUUGUCCCAUUCCAAGCAAAGGGAUACAUGUAGGUGUGGAUGAGGUUCUGUUACACCUCUUUUAAAAUCAUUAUGUGUUGUAAAAAUUAAUAUGGCCCAAAAAUGUAGAAUGGUGAUCAAACUAAUCCAGAAAAUGGGUUACAUUAUUCAUGAUAAGUAAUGUGUAUUAGGUGAUUGUUAUAACAACAUGGUGUCAUGGUGGGCAAUGUAUUGGUUAUGAAUUGGCCGAGACAUAAUUGUUACCAUGUCCAAACAUAUACAAUGUAUGGGAAAGAUUUCCAAAAUGCGUUGUUCACAAUAUUGUCCCUUAUAUAUACUGAAACAAAUAAAUACUUUUCAUAAACUAAACUGUUGUGAAUGAAUGACAGUUACUCUCAUAAGUAUGAUACACAACAAUCACAUGAUGGACAUUUUUUUUUUUUUUUCAUUUCUAUAAAACAUUUUCAAGAAAAGCAGUGAUAUGUGGUCCUUUCCACAGGUUGCUGUUCUUCUGCGCGUAGCUUGCCUGGCAGAUCUUGUAUUCUUGUUAAAUCACUUACUGAGGUGUCCUCCAGGGUUCACCAGUAAAAUUGCCCAAUUCAUCCAGUUUCCUGUACCACAAUUCAAAAGCCAUGGAUACAAUGUGGUGGAUGAACCAUAUUACUGGGACAAUCCUUUAGUUCAUCAUUUUGUGGCUAUGCUAUCUUCUCUGCUUCUGCCUGUCAGGUAACCUAAUGCUGAAGGAGCACACUAAUUUUAAGUGUGCUGUCUCAGCCCUUUUGCCUAACUUGAUUUCUUCUUUGCAUUUCUCAAAUGUUCUUACCCAAUUUUAAGUACUCAUCUUUUGUUUUUAAUGUGUUUCCUUCUGGUGUAUGCUUAUGUAAUAGAGCAUGAACAUAAAGCAUGGAUGUAUUCAGAUCACAUGUGCUAUUUAUGGACACAUUUUAGCAUGAAAAACAUUACGAAAUUUUAGUUAAUUAAAGACAAAUCCCUCAUGUUGGAAGCUAACCACUGGAAUAUUGUUCUAGUGCAACAAAAGAGCUGAGCCUGAAACUUGCACUUUUCGAAUCAAGCACCAUAACACACUUAGCCAAGUUGUUCCAAGAUUGGCUUGCAUAUUAAAAUCACAGUGUUGAGAUUUUUUUUCAUUAGUAUUGACCUGACAAUUUACUUGGAGUCAGCAAUUUGUGAAUUGUUUUCAUUCAUGUUAACCUUUUUAGUAAACAUAAAGGUUAUUAAUAAAUGCUUACUUCAGUACACUGCAAAACAUUUGUUUUAUGUUAUGGGUGAAUGUAAUUUCAUGUCAUGUUGUUUUUUCAGGGAAAGAGACAGAUAUUUGAAAAAACUUGCUCUUGGAAAAGAAGGUACGGCUAUUGCUCAUUCAAGUCCAGUUGUUAUAAUUAAACAAUAUUCUCACUGUAUGAAAGCCUUGACUUGGAGCCUUUUAAAUUGAAACUUCCUCAAAAUAUGACUUAGGGGUACAUGCGAGGUUUGAAGUAAGUGUCUCUGCAAUUCUAUUGAGAUCAUGAUACGAAGGAUAAUGAUAUUAUUGUAUGUAAUGUACUUGUCAAUUACUAUCAAUGAUUUCUCCUGGGUGAUUACAGACUGCAAUGUAGGCAAUCUGCUGGGUUGAAAGUUGCAAUCACCCCUUGAAAGGUGAUACCAGAGAUAAUUAUUAUGAUAUCUAAUAUUGUUUUGUUGAUUUUAAAGAUAUAAUAAAUAAAAAUAAUUUCUGAUUGUCACCUGUUACUAAAAAAUAAGCUCAGUUAUUGAUGCUGCAUUGCAAAGGAUUUAUCCAUUCAAAGACAUUCACCUCACAUUGAAUUUGUAUUCCUCAGCUGCCAUGAGAUCAAUCAGUUGGACUAUUGUGGAUGAUGAUGGAGAGUCCUUGGAGGUUAGCUCUAUUUAAUUUCAUGCAGUGGGUUGACCUCUGGUUAAAUGUAUCUGUUGUAGACUUUGUGUCCAAUUGGUAGGUUAGUCCAGAAAAUGUAUCUUUCCUUUUGUAUUUUUUGCUAUUACUAAUAAAUGAUUCAAAAGACAAUGAGGAUAAAAUGUAAAUAAAAUUGUACUUUCCUCAAGGCUACAACUGGAAAUCUUCAAAAAGUUUUUUGAGCUUCUCAGUCCUAAAUUCUCAAACCUUGAUUCUUGAUCCUUGAAUCCUUGAUUCUUGAAAGUUUCGAGGAUUUGAGAAUUGAUUUGAGACUGUUAACUUACAUGUACUUUUGACCGAUACUGUACAUGUAAAUCUUAUACUUGUAAGUACAUGUACUCAUAUACUGGGCAGGGAAGACAAUUGUGAAAAUAUUCAGCCUGACAUUAUGAAAUGUAGACCAAUUUCAAAGAAGACUAAGAGCCAAGUAUUCUUGUGUCCUUCCCUGAGCCUAUGUUUUCACAGUCAAUGAGUAUUUAUCACAAUGGCUGCUGCAUUUCUUUCUGUCUUUUUUUCUUUCAGCUCACAUCUUAAGCAUUAUACAGCUUUUUCUAACCUUGCUCACACCAUUGCAUAUGGUCCUCAUACUUGGACUUUUGUCUACUGUUUUUAAAGAACUAUGCAUGCAGGGCUGUAUGGUUCAUGCAAUAGUGUUCUGUAAUAUUUAUUUAUUAAUAAUGUUGUCAUCAAACUACUGUAUGCUUCCUGGUACAACAACCAGGAGAUGCUCCACCAUUGCAGGCCACUAGGCUUGUUUGUAGACUUACUCAUAUGAAGACUUACUUGUUGCAUCCAUUUUUUGAAUAAUGGUGUACUGUGCACUUUUGUUUUCCUUUAGGAUGAAGAUCCAGAAACAAGCUGGGUGCUGAUUCAAGAGAAUGAUCUCAUAGCACUGUUCUCACAGUUUCCAUUUGAUGCCAUUUUCAAGCACUUACUCAAAAUGGACCCAAACAUUCCCAGUAAGUCCUCAUUUAGUUUAUUAUGAAAAGUAAUAAAAAACCCUGAACAAUUAUGGUAAAUGUACCUGCAAGAAUUACUCCCUGAAAAACACCAAAAUUUGAAAGUGUCUGCCAAUGUUUUUCCUUAAAGGUCUUGCUGCAUGUAUAUGUAGGUCUUAAAUAUUUUUGAUAAGCAAUGUCAUAUACUAAACUUGACCCCCAUAAAAUGGCAGAACUGUAGAACCAUAACUGUCUAGUGAGAAGAUCCGGCCUAAAUUAUGCUUAGACAGAUACACUUAAUAGUGACUAUGAUAAUGAAAACAAAGCAAUUUAUUGGCAACUAUUAUUGACAUUUUUCAAGUGCAUACAUAUGGCAAAUGAUCAGAUAACAAAGAAGAUGAAAUUUGUUGCAUUGUUUUUAUCUUGAUUUAGGUGUAAUAUUAAUCUUCAAUCAUUUUUUAGAUGAUUGUCUAAUCGAGUCACACUACCAUGUGGAGCACACAUCAAGCCGCGAUAUAAUGAGAAUGUUGGCUUUUGCAUCUUGUGUUGUAUGCGUGAUGGGAAGGGCAUUCCGAACUUAUGAGAAAGUGCGCUAUAGAGCAUUUGUCAAAAGAGUGGGACGAACUAUAAGGUAUUUGGAAACUUGGAACAAAAUGUUACAGGUUUACUUAUAGACAAUAAACAUUUUCAUGAAAUAAUGCUUUUCAUCUUGCAGAGUAAAGGAUUAUCCUAUGUCUGUUUCUCUUCAUCAGUGUUAAAUUUGAGUUUCAAGGAUGUUAAAUUUUAACCAAUUCUCAGAUGCAGGUAGAAUACUUAUCUAGAAAAAAAUAUUUCAGGCAGGUUGUACAGUAUGUUCUGGACCACUGGUCAGAUUUUCGAAGUUGGAGAGUGAAUGUAUGUGGAGAAUCUGAGAAUGCCAUUCCAGAUUCUUUCCAUUCUGGUAAUCAAUACUCAUUACAAAGACUUCAAGUAGAGGUUGAUCAGUUCUUUCUCCGUGCUGCACAACAGAUCAUUUCUGCACACAGGUAUGUACAUUUAUCCAAAAUACUCAGCAGACAUCCAGAUUGUUUUGAAAUGAUAUGGUAGGAGUACAGUGUUACAGGGUAUAUGCCAGUAAGUGCAAAUAGCAAGAUUAAAAUUGUGUUCAAUUUUGUACCCUUAAUCACAAUAGUUUAACAUCUAUAACAGGUUAGAGUAAUUGCAACAUUUCUGUUUGCUUUGGUUAAAGAAUUUUAAACUUUAACUCAUUCCUUUAUCUCUAAUGGUAGCAGCAUUGUUGUAGUUUGAUGAUUAAAACCACAAUUUUGAUUAAUCUGUUAAUUCUUUAAAAUUGGAAAUUGAAAAGCUAAACUCAAGCUUCCAUUCUCCAAAUCAGGAUCAAAUUUUGAUUCCAGACUUUUUCCCAACUCUUGUAUUUCGGAUGGCAUCUAAGAAAAUUUCAUUACCUUGUGCGGUGUAUGGCAGCUUGUAUUUUGUAAAAAAUGAAUGUUAUUAACAAUAGUUCCAAAAGAUGUACUGUAGGCUCAAGAGAGGAUAUUCAGCUAACCUUGGGGCCAUACAAUAAAUAUAUGUCUACCAUGAUUAUUAUUUUGCUUGUACAUUACUGAAUAUGCUAAAUGCAAUGUAAUUUGCGUCAUAGGCUGGGUGCUUGGCAGUUUUUGGCAGAUAUGCCCUUUCGCAGUGUUUCCUCCAAAACUCUCUGGAAGCUGUUUUGGGCACUCCAUGUAGAUGUCACCAAACUUGAUUCUGUAGAGAGCAUUAACCAAGAAGAUUCCAUGAGGGAAGAUUGGAGAGAUGUAUUGGAGAGUGAGUAUUAAUGGAAAAAAAAAAGCUAAAAAUGUGCAUGAUAGUUAAAUAUUGAAUGGAAAAUUUAUGAGAUUUUGAUCUUGUUACUAAAUUUAGGUAGACAGGGGGAAUUUACAGACCAACUGGCCAGAAUGUCACAGUCAGAAGCCAUAUUUUUGCUUACUACAUUUACUAACAUUGCCACAUCCAGAGAUCGCAAGGAAAGGGAGCUAAUAGAAGCCAUUAGCACAGAGGUUUACAAGGUAUAGAAUUUACUUAGAGGCCCCAAAUUUGAGGACUCUCACUGGUAAAAACCAUAAUUUUGCAUAUAAGUUAUCUAAUUUACUUUUUCUUUACUUGGUAAACAAGUACCAGUAAGUAUGCAUGAAUCAUUUGGGGGGGGGGGGGGGGGGUGGGGGUGGGGAUCCAAGAGUCCUAAGAUGCCUUGGGGAUCACCCCUUCCCCCCCAUGACCUUCGAGAGACAUAGAAACCAUGUAACGGUGGUCAGAAUGUACAAAUUAGAAGAAUCUACACACCACGGAUUACUCACUGCUCACUUAAGAAAAUGUCUCCCUAAGUGAAACAUAGGGUGUAUUUUUACAGUUGGGUACCAAGUAGUCUGGUUGUGACACAGUGUAACCUCCCUCCCACUCCCCUCCUUUAAAAAAUCCUGGCUACCUCACCGAUUACUCUGAGUUGAGAGUUUUCCCUUCUAGUUGAUAUUACACAGUCUUAUCACAAAGUUAUUAGGAAAUGUGCAAUGUAGGACAGUAGCAAAGGAUUCUGUAAAGAAACUGCCCUUGACUGAUGUCUUUUUCUUAUUAAAGGUUUCCUUCAUAGCCAGUCAAACCAGGGAGUCAUCUUCUAAGACUGGAAGACAUCUUCUGGGAACCAUUUCUAGUGUCCAUCCCUUUGUGAUAUCGGUUUUGCUUGAGAAUGUCAGCGCCACACUGGAUAUUAUUGGGAAGGUAAACACUGACCAAGUAUUGUGUCUCACAGUUUCAGAAUGAUGCGACUAGUACCAGAGAAGUAAGCUUUGGAAGUGAUCUUUAACCAAAUAAACCAAUAUGCACUGCGUGAGAUUCCUACACGUCAUACGGCUAAAUAUUAUCACUUGAUUUUAAAAAAAUUUGAAUGGCAGCAUUACGUUGUGUAGUAAUUAUGGAAAUUUUGUGUGAAAUGAUUGAAUUUUGUGUGGAAAGAAGGUGGUUACUCGUAUUAAAGAAAAGAAAACAUGACACAAUUCAAUUUGUAGUCUAAUGGGUAAUAAAUAGUUCACACAAAUUUCACUCGGGAGGAACAAGAGUAAUAUUUUUUAAGAAAAGAGACAUAGAAUGAUGAAUCAAAGCUUCCAACCAGGCCCUCGUUAUUAGCGGUGCGGCACAAGCUUUUCUUUGUCGCGGGUAAGUUUUUAAAAAGCUUGAGCAAAACGAGCCAGCGAGAGGUCUUCGAGGGAUCUGGGACCAAUAAUAGUGCCAGACCACUUGCAGACGUCUCGCUGGUUAGUGCUUCCCAAGGCCCCAAACGUUCACGCGGGCGGAGAAACGCUCGUGAUGAAGGGUACUUGUAGCCGCUCAGAACUCAGGAACAGUUGUGACACUUACUUCUCUCUCACAUGCCUUUUUCGGUUCUUACUAUAGUUAUAUCAUAUGUUGUCUAUUGGCGAGCAAAUGCACAACAAAAUGGCGUCAUCACUUUUAUUUUUCUCAGGCUUGUGUCUACCUGUUCAGUGGUUUAUCAGUUCAUCUGUGGCAUCCAACAUACAGGAACAUGGACUGCAUUAAAUCCUGGUUGUUGAAAGCUGAUUUGUCCUCUCCAGAAAAUCAGCUUGCGCGUUAUAUUAUUUCAAACUUAAACUGGGGACAAAUGGGAGAGGUUUGUAGAAACAGAGUCUUGUUUUGUACUGCAUGAUACUGUCUAUGAGUAAAAGUUAACCUUAAUUCACUCCACUGUAAGUCGUUUUGCGGCAACUAUGGUGAAGUUCCAUUGAACAUACAGUAGAUAAUGGCUUUACUCGUUUUUCGUGCCCUUUAAUUCGCCAGUUCGGAGUCGAUUAGUCUGUACCUUCGUCUCCAAGCAGUGAAAGAGCCAAAAUUGAAAGUCAAAUGUUCAACUUCGCACUAUUUUCUCGUUUAUUGACAGAAGUAAUUUAAUAUUUUGGUUCCUGCGUGGUACUUACUAAAAUAAUUAUUCACCUUAGUGUUUGCGAAAGUGGCGGAUAUUUACCUCCACUUCGCAUGAUAAUUGUUGAUUGCAGGUAAUAAUUAUGAAGAAGGAAUCAAAAGAAAACAAACCAGCUACUUUUACAGCAAUCAUAAAAGUUAACAUGAUUAUAAAUGAACCAAAAGUCAAAGCAAGAAGAAAGAAAAAUAUCUUUAAGAGCCAAUCAGAACUCAAAGUUAAACCAACCAAAUUGCCUAAAGCGCGGGAAAACGCGGGCGUCCAAGUCAUGGUUGCUUUUUUUUUGUAUCUGAUUGGUUGAAAGACUGGUGGCAGUUUUCUGGACCAAUCACAGAGCGAAGCAAAGCAAAACCGGUGCAAUCCCAGAUUACUUUCGACACUCAAUUGAAGAAUUGCUCUAUUGUUUACGUCUUUCUUUUGCUAGUCAGGAGAGGGUGAUAAACUGUUUUUGCACCAGUGCUGGCACAGGGCUGUGGCAGUGUCACUAGUGGAGGUGUCAGCGCUUCGUUUACCCAAAAUGCCAGGAGGAAUAUCACAUGAGGCAUUUAAAGAAGACACUGGACUUCUUAAACAGGUUUUUAAAAGCCAAAGAUCUUGAUAUGUAAAGUGUCAUUUAUCUCGCAAUGUAGUGUUCCCAUUGUGGAUCCUAAUGUUCUGACUGCUUACAGUCACCAAUGAGCUAUGAUACCAAGAAAGUUGUAUGAGACUUAUAUCUUAUUACGUUGUGCGCUGUCUUUUUGUGGCAGCGUGAAGUUUGAAUUUGAUCAGUCUGUUGAGCAGUUUACUCAUACGUCUUGAACUUUUCUUUGUGACAUUCUACACUGUUUAGGCGUAUCGUGGCUGUACAUAAUAUUAUUCGCGCACAUUACUGAAAAAGGCAGCUUUUUAUUUGCUGAUUGGUGUUUUGGAUAUCACCCGAAUUCAUCUCCAUUUGUUUUGUAUACCCCUGGUGGAAUGGUAUGAUGCGAGAUUUAUUUCUUUUGUUAGGUGACACUGAUUGCUACAACGUCAUACAAUCGACUGAUGCAGCCAAAUUAUGAGCAGCAGCUCUAUGACUGGCUGUGGGAAGUCAUGCUCUCUCUAAGGCUUCACCCAGCUGAUCUACCAAUACCAGUCAUGCAGUUCACUCAGCGACUUCCAAAUGAAGAUGAGUUAGAAGGUGACUUAGCAAUUUAUAAUGGAGAAUAAAUUUCGUCUCGGGAAUAACUUGAAAGAACAGUGUUAUCUGUGAACUUUAUUCCUCUGACGAUCGUUAGAGGGAAUGAGGGGCACUCGUGGAAUACUGAAUUGGUUCUGUGUAGCAUGUUGUGUUUAACCCACUCCUCGUUAAGACAAAAAGUGAAAUUUUUCCUUCCCUAAAUCCGAGAUAUAAAGUUGCAUUUGCUAGUAUAAUCUAUUUCACACCCUGCGUCGAAAGAGUGUGUGAGACCCCAUCUGAUUUCGGACCCAACGUGUUAAACAUCAAUCUCCAUCAUAUUUUAUAACCUUUCUCCGAGGUACCCACGUAGCUAUGUAACUUGCAUAGGGUAAGGACUCGGAAAAUCCUUAACUCUCUUGAGACCGUAUGCAUGGUUAAUUUCAAGCUUUUAGAUGUCCUGAAAGCCCUCUCUAUUUAUGUUAACAGCAAGUGAAGAAGGAGGACCAGGUUUUGCGAGCCUCGUGAAGUCGUUGUCAAAAGAAACACUUGUGCUUCCUAAUGAGAGUUCCCUUUCAAGUAUGACUCAUGCUAUUAAGGCCAGUGGACAACUUGCUAGUUAUGCUGCGGUAGCAAUGACUACUAUUGGUACCAGGUAAGUACAAGAAUGAAGUAACGUUUACUCAGCGACGUAUUUGAAACUCCUGAGCACCUCAAGCCAGUGAUCCACGCUGCUUCCACUUUUCGUCGCUUCCUCUCCUCUUUUAAAGGGGCCGGCUGUGUAGUACAAGUUUCACAAAUUGUCGCCAAACGUUGUACUCAAUUUUUUUUUUGUUUAUUUUACAGUCGUGAUCUCUUUUUGGGUGAGGGUCUGGAUUACUUAACCGUCAUAUUAAAUGAGAGGUGUUUUGAUGCAGCGCUGAGGAUUAUUGCGAAUGUGACACCCAUGUUUUUUGGUUGCCAUGAGAAACUUACACAGGAAGCAAGGUAUUGAGAGCUAUUCUGUGGUUUGACUAUUUAUCAUUCUUUUUUUAAGUGAAAUUUCUAAUUUUGAUCAUUAGCGAUUGACGUUUCGAUGACUUGAAUGAAAGCCAUCAUCCAGGUCAAAACCCUUUAAACCCUAAGAGUGACCAGCUUCUUUUUUUUUUCCCUUACAGAAAUAUUGCUUAAUCAUUCAAUAGGAUCAUAAGAAUAAAGGAAAUGAUCGCCAACCUAAGAGGCUUUGAUUGUUAAACAAACUCUCCUUGUCAGUACCAAGGGGAAUGUAUAGCGAAGAGUGUGGAGAAUAUAGAUACUGAUGUUAGGGUGUAAAGGGUUAGAAUCAUGUAUUGUUGUCAAUAUCAAUUUGAGUGAUUAACAUUCACAGGUUUGUGACAGCAAUCCAUCGUUUGAGCCAACUUGACAAUGACAACGCAGGUUAUGCUGAAAAACUGCUUCAAGCGUCCACUGUGGGCCCGUACUGUAAGAGGCUGGUGGGAAUUAUUCAGGUAAAAAUGGAAUAUCGAUUUAGAAGUCGUUGAAUGUAGAUAAACCACCGUAGCAAAUUUUAAAAGCUGACGUAAUGAGCGGUACAAAAUGAUAAAUCCCGUAAUGAUGAUUUUUUUGACAUGGAAUGUUAUAGUGCAAGAUCGUCAGCCAGUCACUAUUAAAAUCAAUCAAUCAGAUACAAGACGAAAACCAAUCGUGCUUGGUCAUUCGUGUUUCUCUCGCGCUUCUGGCAGUCCACAGCUUUUCCCUCAUCGGCUCACGGUGACACUUUAUUGCCAAUGCUCUCUUUUUGGCUUCACGUCACUUAAUUGAAAUGCACUAUGAUUUGGAAUUCUAGCGCUUAAUGGAGAAACAAAUGUUUGUAACCUUUCCUUCUCUGUACAGGGCCAUGUUCAGAAGUUUCAAGCUCCUGGUAUGGUUGGCUCAAUAAGUGUGGUGGAAUUCUGGUUACUUACGUUGUGCACGCUGCCAUACUGGUACAGGUCAGUGAUGGUAAUCGAUGUAGUAGCAGGAACAGUGUAGGUACAGCAUGCAAACACUGGUUUUGAAAAGUAGAAACGGCUAAAAUGAUAGUUAUUUAAAAUUUGUAUAAAUGUACAAGCGUUCUAUCAAAAAUGCUGCAAUCUUAUUGGCUGCGCUAUUCACUAUCUAUAUUUGUGGGGUAGUUUUUCGCACGUAACGUGACUUAUUUGUAUCUUUAUUCGAUACAAAUAUGAGCCUGUCUUGCGGGUAAAUUUAUACGAAAACGAUAAGAUCAUGUGCUCUCGAUUUCUUUGCGUGAUACUUGAUUCAGGCUUCCCCCUAAUCGUCUAGCACGCAAAAGCAAUCUUGAGCUCAUAAUCUGAUUGUUAAAUAGCAAAUAGCAUUAAGAUAGAAUCAUAAACCCCAUUAAUGCUUAAGUAUUUGUAUGAAUCAGCGGGUGGCGGAGGGGGGGGAAGGGAAGGGCAAGAAGCUCUUGAAUUGUCUACUUUUUGGAAAGCUCAAGAUUAUGAAUGAGUUUUGAAAAUGAAGUUGUGAUUGUGUUAUAGGUUACUUGAAUGUGUACUUAUCACAUGCUGAUUUUUUUUCAGAGAUGUUAGUGUACAGUUUCUUAUUGAUAACCUGAUCAAAAUAGCUUUGAGAAUUGAAGGCAGCCUUUCCGUGAUACAAAACCACCUUAUGGAUGCUUACAAGGUGUGUGUAGAAUCGAAACUGUUUGUGUGGUGUUGCACUAGAUUUGUUGGUUAGAAGAUAGUUUACCAAAUCCGAAAUAGUCACCUGUACAUAGUUAAAUUGUCAGGUGAAGAUGGUUUUGGAAAAACGCAAGCGCUGCAUUACGUAACUAAUGUUUUGGCAUGCUGGGUGUGGAUCAACUUUUGAGUCAAGUGAAUAGUUGCUUGUCAGACUAAAAUUAUUGUUCGAUUUGCUGUAGAGUUAUUGUCGCACGUUUUGAUACGAGAGUGUUUUUGUCAUAAAUUAUUUACUUAUAAUGCUCCAGUAGUUGUUGAGAAGAUUCUCUAAUAAGUUAUUCACCAAGCACGAAUGAUAAAUUUUACGACUCGUUUGUUUCCAUAAUUUUCCAUCGAGUGUGAAUAGCAAUCCGAAAUUGCUUUGGUUUUCGUUCACAGAGUUCUUCGAUUGGUUAAAAAAAAAUACGAUUCUGUCUUAGUCAAUCAGAUGCAUAACUUCUUGUCUAAGGUCUACGAUACCAGAUUGAAAAAUUGCUCUGUAUGUAAGUAAUUCUUAGCAUAAUGAUUGUAGAUAUAUGAAGAUCAUAUAUGUGCACUGCGGUGAAGAAACGAGUAUAAGAGAUUCUCGCAGCUAUGAACACUACUGAACUAGUAAUUGAAAUAAGACCUGAAAAAAAAUUUUCCGUAUGGGAUUUGAACCCAUGACCUCUGUGAUACCGGUGCAGCGCUCUACCAACUGAGCUAACAAGCCAACUGGGAGCUGGUCAUUAUAUUGGAUCCAAAUAAACCAUCCAAGAGAUGAAUAAUGAUUCCGAGCAUGUUGCCUAGAACUGAAUGACUGGAGAACAUGAUCUACAUGUUUUUUUUUUCACAUUUUUUUAAGGUGCUGCUCAGAGAAACCGGAAGUCAAGGAGUGAUAGCGUCUCUUUUCUCAUGGGUGACUUCAAGUAGUACUGCUCCUCCUGUGCUGUGGGAAAUUAAGGUGGAAUAAACUUGACAGCGUAGUGUAGCAUAGUAGUUUUAAGUUCUUUUUAGAUGUAGGUAACUGGAGAUUUAGGGGUAUGAUUAAACAUGCAUGUGUUACGUGUUAGUGAAUCUCGAAAUUUAAUUUUUAUUUUUCCUGUUUAAAGGCCUCUCCAGAUUACAGUUACUAUGCUUAUUGUGUACUGUGCAUGGAAACUCAGAUGGAAGAGAACUGUGGACUGUCUGUCGAAAUAAAUAAGAGGCUGCUGAACAAACCAGAUGCGACAGUUGAUGCAGUGUUGAAGGUGAUGCUAAUGAAGUUGUAUAAGUUUACCUACUUACUCUCCUUAAGGAAGGUUCAAGAAAGAAAUCUCGUGAGUUAAUAGUUUUGAUUUUAUCAGUGGCACAACUUCUGGGUGGCUCUGUUUCCAUUGAUUCCAAGUCGCACUGAAGUUUGAAUUGAUGGGUUUUGUUGUGUACAAAAAAUGAGGUAAAAUCGGGGAAAGAACCUCGCAGCAAGGAUACGGAGUCAACAGCAUACAUUUUACAACAGGUCCAUGAUUCGAACUCAGAUAACUGCGCUCACCUGAGCGCGCGAAACUCACCCACCAGAGCGAGGCAAAUGGUUGUUAUGAAGAAGAACUUAAUUGGGUGUAUCUGGAAAAUCUUUUUCAUGAAGCAUUGAAGAAUUUUGUUUGAAAUGUUCUGUGCUCAGUGAUAUUCCUAUUUCACACUGUAACCAUCUCUCAAUGAGGAGCAAACAAGUAAAUCAAACAAGUAGCAUAACUUCAUAAUUUUUUUAUGGCUUCUACUACUAUUUUUUUAUAUCCGUUUCAGAAAGUAGUGAAGAAGAUGAAAUUGUCGUGGACGCCUCUCGUGUCCAGUCUUUCCAUCUAUCGUUGGGCUAAUCAAGCAAUGGUGACAGAGGUUGAUCAUCCCAUGCUGCCUUUGAUUUGGCAACGAUUUUUUAGUCUUUAUCUCCAGAGACCGGUCACUGAACCUGGGUGAGUGCCUAAGGGUUUGGUAUGAACAGAAGUCGGGAAGGGAAGGGAACUUAUCGUAAUUUCGAAAUUAAGCCGGGGUUGCAUCAUUCUUGCGCCACUCGGUGGCCUCGGAUUGGCUUAAAGAACUUGCGUCAGCUUCCUAAUGAAUCAAAUGCACCAAUAAAACCUACUCACGACUCUGAUACUCAUGUUUUCCUCGUGUUCAUAUAUCUGCAAUGAGGUUUUAUUGUCUCUUGGCUCCUGAAACAUUUCCCUUGACCCUGAUUACCUUAUGGUUGACUUGGUUCUGGUUUUCCACAGUCAAAGCGAUGGUCCAAAUAUACAACAAUAAAAUUUAUCAAUCAUGUGAUGCGAUAGUUGUGUUGCUAUAACGUUUUAGAGACGUUUAUGUAACCUGUGUAUGCUGUGUAUUGACAAGGAUCAAAGAUGAAUUCUAAAUAAUGAAGUCCCAAACAAUCCCCAUAUUUUUUUGCGGGCUUAGGAUAUGAGUAGUGCAUCUUCUGAGGUAGAUCAGUUGGCUAGGAGCGAAAAGAAAAAAAGGCAAAUGAACAAACUAGUACUGAGAAUAAUCGCUGUUAGUGUCCUUUACUCAUUUUUUACAUCUUGGCAAACUUAAAGAGAAAGAGUGAGGCGCUAUUAAUUGUUUCUAUUCUGAUCAAGGAUGAAAUCUGACAUGUGUUUCGUUUAUUCCAGCCUUGCGCAGCGAUCUGGUGUAGGGUAUCGUUUCUUUGAUAGCCAGAGUUAUAGCUCCAUGUUAAAAAAAAUGAAGCAGAGACUGCAAGCCACAGCGGAACAUCACCGGAAUCGAUCCGUGGAGACCGGGGCAGACCAUGAUGCAGUCACUGAUGGUGACAGGGAAAUAAGCAAGCAGUUUGAACAAACUAGAGCAUUGCAUGAAAAACUUACAGGGUAUGGUGUCGAAGAAAUUGUUUUUUCAAUAAAGCUUUCGUUGUAAUUACAUGUAUAGUGAAGUCGGGAUGUGUGAAGCGUAAAUAACUCGUUCUUACCUUUAUUUGAGCUUGGGUUUCAUUUCUGGAAGCCGAAUGUAACGCAGCACUGUGAUUUUACCCCGAGUAUCUCUUGUCACUAGUGUCUCAUCCAAUUUUGUAGGUUCAAGGAGGUUCACGGUAAAAUAACUCUCAUGUACGAGUUUUGAUUCGUUUCUCAGCUGAAAGAAAAAAAAAUUGGAAUGGAAGAGAGGGGAAUGGGGCUAAGCUUAACGCAAACUUUAUGGGAAUUUGGGGGAAACUGGAAUGAAACUGUUCGCUCAGAGAGAUACGAAACCAAAGAUUUUGUUCCAACGUCCAACGAGACUAGAUUGUUAAAAUUUUUCUACUAUUAUUGUUAUUUUGAAUUUGUGUUUAUCGAAUUUCCAGAAUGUUAAAUUCAGUUAUUUAAGUUUGUAAUUGGCUCAUUUUUUGACGAAUAACCAUACCGCAGAUCUUUAUCAUAGAUCGCCUGUUGAUACAAGUUGAUCUCCUGAGACAACAAUUGACAGUUCAACCAUUUAUUUUGAAGAUAACGGACAAGAAUAUGAAGUUUUAUGCCUCAUAAUAAAGAAACAUGCUUAAUUUAAAUAAAAAAUUAAAGAUUUCUCAUCAGCCUCUCACACCGUUAAUAUUCUCAUGGUAGGUUUUAUCAAACACUGGCGUUGUGGUUGGAUGAACCGAGACUUCACGACCCCAGUCUGUACCUACCGUCAUUGCCGCCUCCUUAUGAUGCAGUCAGACUUGAGACUUUACUCAAACCAGUACAGGUAUGUAAACUAUUAUCUUAACCCUUUCACUCUCAGCAUUCACCAUUACGAAAGUUCUCCUUCCAAUUGUAGCACACUUUUAAGCAGAUCUACCUUAAUUGAGCAUCGCAUUGAAUAUUACAAUUAUUUUUAAUGAUUCGUUUUAUUUUCCCUGUUUUGUUAGGAACCUUGGUUUGAUUUGAUAUUCGUGAAAAAGAUUGAUAUGGAAAUCACCGAGUCUGUGCGUUGUUGGGUAAAACACGCCCUGGGACCUCAAAAGAACCCCCCUGAGAAUAAAGCCACUGGUCAAUGGAACGACAGGAGUCCUGAAACAGGUACCAAAUGUGCAAGCACCUUUUAGCACCUAGCAACCGCUUAAUUUGUACACAAUCUUUUUUUCUAGUUCGCGUUCGACAAACCCUUUCCGGCUUUUAUUUCCGCUCGCCCUGUGGACAGUUAUUAAAAGAAACAGGUGGUCUUCAAACGGACUAGAUCAACACCGCCAACACUGAGAUAAUUUGACAUUGAAAUAAAAACGACACGAAUUGUAUCUGUGUAUAUUCGAAUGUUAGCUGGAAUUGGCUAUGUGUCGUUCCGGUUGCAUUAAAUGCACAGUAAGAUUUAAUCAAGUUGGUGUAUUUUCUUUCCUACUUUCAAGCCGCCUCGAGGAUUGUUAGAAGGAUGAAGACGCACCCUGCACCGCUCCCUCCUCCCCCUGUGAAGAGAUUAGAACCCAUUUUACCCUCCAUGACAGAUGCAACUUUGAUGAACAAACAGAAGUUAUUGGGCAUAGUUUACAGUCAACUACAGGGAAUAGUCGCACAUGCAAGGUUUGGUUGCAAAUAUCGCUAUUUUUAUCGGAAAACUUUUCGUUUUUAUGCUUAAGUGCAGAACAUCUCGUUGGAAUUGUUUAAGAACCUUGGGAUUUUGGUUACCACAAUAUUUAUAGAUAUCUUCUCUGCAAUUACUCCACGAAUGAGCAUGGGAUUUGAGUUAGCUGUAACUAGCUCAUAUCUGUCAAGUGAGAAUGGAAUGAUUGUUUAUUGAGAAACGCCCAAUGCGGAAUAUAUCAAAAACUGCGACAAACACCGCUAAAGGAUACUUUUUCUUCUUUCUCGGGAAAAGCAACUCAUAAACUAUGGUCUAAAAACCAGUUUAACUCAGGAACUGCAAAAUAAUGUAGCUAAACUCCCAGAAACAUUUGUCGGGACACUUACUGCCUCCGCUGCUCCUCUCAAUGUUCUGCGAGAUGUUAUAGACACAUUUGCAAUUAACAACAUUGGCUGGGGGAGAGGGGUGAAAGAACAUCAUAGACCUUGAUCUGGAGAACUACCCCAAGUAAUUACGUCUCGGAGUGUAGUUUCUAUUACAACCCUGUUUACAUUACACCUUUAGACAAACGAAGAACUUUGUCUUUCAAAACCAUAUCCUGUUAUUGAGAUAUCACUUCUUGCAAAACCACUUAUCUUCUAUACAUUUUACAGACAGUUUUGUGGACUUGUUGGUCAACACGUUUCCUUGGACAUUGAGUAUAUCGAGUUAAUACCUAAAAUGUACUCAAACGAGAUGUCCCAGGUAAGGCGUGAUGAUUUACCUUCUUGUUACUGGUUGAUUCUUGAGCUUAGAAUUGUUGAUAACAUCAUUGUUUUCAUUUUAUAAAUACAGUGGAUUACAAUUUCAGUUAGACGUCAAGACCUAGGGAUUUGCUAUCAAUAUUGGCAGCAACCUAUUAGCUUCCAAAGCUACUGAUUAGAGUACAAGUCCUAUUAGCCCCUUACAAAACUGGUGUUGGAAAUUCGUAUUUUUGUUUCAAUACUGAAUUUUUUUAUCGCUUUCCGUCUCCAGGUUGUAGUUCAAGUUCCUUGUCGCAAACAUCAGUGUCGAGGGCCUGCCACUCUCACCGUAAAGGUAACAGAUCACUUUUGUUUCUUCCCAGCAGGAGAGGGAACGUUAAAAUGUCUGUAACUGAUUACCUUAUCAGGUAAUUAGAGAAGGUUUCGAUUAAGUGUCGAAGUACUUUGGGAUUCCAUCGCUUUUGAAUCACUGCGCGCUGUGAUUGGCAGUGAACACACACCACACUCUCGACCUAUCAAAUGCAGCUUAAAACAACUCAUAUCACUCAUGUUUCCCCGUGUCAGGGCACUUUACCGUAGUUUGCUUUGAGAUAAAUUGGUUGCUUGCGUAGAUAAGUAUCAAAGAGGUUAAAAGACAACUGAACGGAACGGGAAUGGCUAAGAUAGCGAAUAUUAACACGGAUUGAAAAUAACGGACUUUUAUGCCAAACUAUCGAAGACUGUACGAACGAGUGUACGAACGAGUGUACGAACGAGGGUACGAACGAGUGUACGAACGAGUGUACAAACGAGUGUACGAACGAGUGUACGAACUUCUUCGCAUUUCUUUAACACAACGCCAAGCUUUUUUAUCUAUAUUUGCUUGUUAUUACUGUAAUAGUUCCUCGCUAAACGACCCAAUGAAGUUAUGAUCAGAAAGGUUGCUGAUAAUCGUCGUGAGCAAGAACAAGUUGUGCAGAAUUUCAUCCAACCAUGCCCUGCCCGCUUGUGUGAAGGUGCUGCUUACAUUGAGAGCAUUAUCACGUGAGUAGGAGUAUUUAUAUACAGGUUUAUGAGCAUUUUUCCAUCAUGUUCCUUUAGUAAUCCUUUAUUGGGGUCUCUAUUGGUUUAAUAUCUUUUUGUUUUCUAAAAAGUCGCGGAAUACUGAUAAAGUUUUUGUGGGGUUAAACUCAGUCACCUUCCUUCUCACGUUUUCACUUUAAAGCCAUACAUCGCAAUCAUUCUCUCCUGAGUCCAGAAAACCUCAGGUGGGUUUGAAGAUAUGACGGUAAUGCGAUUUUUUCAUGCUUGUAUCUCUUGGAUGGUGGCAUCUUGCUAAGACACAGUAGCUCUGUGACUUUAACGUAAAAAAUUUAAAAUGAUUUAUCUUUCAGGUCAUUGGUAAACAAAGCAAAGUCUUCUUCGGAGAGGAACGUACAAGGUAAUUUUUGCUUUCCUUUGCAAGCGCUUAACUAACCCGCUCUAGAACCGAGAUUACGACAGGGUAAAUUGAUUCCAUUCCUUAACAUUCUCUUUUGUCUUUGCUGACUUGUGUUUUCAUGUUUCAGAGAUAAUCAGUGACAUUGGGACUGCUUUGUUUUAUCAUGUUACCGGAGCAAUGGAUGACAGUGUUAUGAACUACCAACCAACUGUGCAGUUUUUUACAUCUUGUGUUGAGAUACUAGGAAAGGUCAGUGAUCGACAGCACUCAGCUUGCUGUAUUCUCUAGCUUCUCCGAUAUUUUGUAGAGAGUAGGAGAGUUUCUAGUAAAGAACUAAAAAUUUCAAAGCUAGAACUGUACAAUUAUCCUUCUUGUUCGGGUUCAGAAUUUCUCCCAGAAUCUGGUAAAGUAGCAAACUCGCAGCAGUUUUUUUUCCUUUCCCCCUUUUCCUGCGAUAUCUUUAAUCCUUUUUCUAUUGUUUUUUGCUUGUUCCGCAGGAAUUUAUUAUGAACAAUCCCACUCAGACAGAACAGCUUCUGUCAGCCAUCUUGGAACACACUUCCAUCUCGGUGCUGUUAGUUCCAUUUUUUAGCCCUAAUGAUAACCCUGAUUCCUUUACCACCAUGUACCGCAGAAUCCUAGAAACGGCUGAUGGAGAUCUUGUUUUCUCGUUACUCACUAAGGUAAAAUAAACCGAUUUAUCAGUAGCUCAUUUAUUUAUACUACCAACAGUACAACACACUCAUUAUUUCAGCUGGAUUCUAGUUUCGGGAGUGCCGUCAGCUUUCUUUCCAUUCUUUGCAUCAAUGAUUUAAAAAGUGACUUAGUAAUUUAAAAACUUUUAGGCUGGAACCCUCUUUUCUUCAAAGUUUUGGUUUUCCUAUCUUUUCCCCAAAGUUAUGUAAGAUUUUGUCGCGCAAAGCAACUGUUAACUGUCACUUGCAGUAGCUUGUGUUUUUUGUCUUGUAGUUUGAGAUGCGUAAGUGGCUGUCCUCACCAAACAGCAAUCUUAUGGAGAGGUCAGCCCUCACACACGCAGUGUUUGAAGCACUGAGCAGUGUUGGAUAUGAACCUCCCGAUAACAAAAGAUCUAUUUUAGAGGUGGGUGUAAUAUUUUUUUUCUGUAUUUCUCCCUUUCUGAGAGUUUCUUCUUCCACUCAAACGUUAACAAAGAGACGUAAUGGGGUACAGUGAGGAUCCACUGGUUUUUCUUUCAGACAAUAGACACACACACACAGAGCUAAUGGAGUAAGAGACAGACAGAUGGCGAAACUGGUCCACUUCUUGUUGGAUGGACAGAUAGGCGAUCUGAAAUACUGACAAACUGACGGACUUACAGACUGAUACAGUGAUGGGACUGAUGAACUUGAUAACUUUGAUACACAGACUGACUUUCUCACUAAAUAAGGUAGUUUUUCUUUUCAAAAUGUACCAAAUAAGUGGUAUCUAUCUAAACCUUAUACUCACUCGUUAAACAAUUAUCUAGGUGUAUUUGCGCCAUCUGUCUAUUGUUCUGAUGUACAAUUUUCCGGAGCAAUACAGUGAUGGUCUCAGGCUUCUGUGUGAAGGUAAGGAAAGUGCAGUGAUUGCGUAUGCUCGUGUACAAGAACUGGAUAACAUGACUACCUUUAAAUUUUAUUAAGGUUACACGUUGCUCUACAGACACCUGAGAACUGCCUGCAGCGCAUGUGACAAGCGGCGAGAAGGCAAAUCUUGGCAUAACGUUCGCUGAUGUCUUUCAGUCAGGAAAUUUUAUAAGCAAUGUGGUAGCUCCAUAGCAGCUCUAGAAACAAUCUUUUUGAUGAAAGCUUCAGUUUUCAGUGAAUGUUCAAAAUUCAACACCGCAUUGCUAUCCAGGACCUCUGAUUGGAUAUUCGUACUUUUAUUAUAUUUAAAGAAUUUGGUGUUAUAUCUGUGUAACACUGCUGAUCUUGAUACGUUUGUCUAAACCUAUCAUUUGUAGUUUGGAGCAGAAUGCAUAUAGGAACUGACAGUUUUCUACCUCGUUUUAAGGUUCAGGUAAGCGGACUCUUUGUCUCGAUGUAUGGGACAAGUUUCUGUCUUGUAUUGGCUGUGUUCCCACCAAUGAAAAGGAGCCUCCCACCGCGUCAAAGGAAGUACUGGGAGAUGAACAGGUAAAAAUCCUUGGGGAUUCUUGUUGGUAAUCUGAUAUAGAAAUGUUAGCUUCGGUUUGUGGACUUUCGGUAUCCGUGUGUUGCUUUUCUUCCCUAGUUUUUACGAUAUAUUUUUACAUCUCAAAACACUUAAUGAUUUUUUACAAAUCACUGCUUACAACCGAGAUUCGUUGAAAACGUGAAUUCUCCAUAGUUAAUGAAGAACUUUAGACGGUUAACGGCAAUAGUUGUGUUCUGUUUUGCUUCUUGAUUACAACCGUUUGGCAAAUAAUUUAAAAAAUAUUUUCAUUCCCUGUUGGAGAACAUCCGUUUGCUUUUGUAGUAAGCAUGGUUCUUAAUACGUGUUAUGUCUGUGGUUAUGCGUUCAAACCCGAAAUCUCGUUCGAAUAUCGCUUUGAAUAUCUCCUUGGUUAUUGAUAUCCAAGCAAAUAAGCAGGAGGAAUAUCAAAAUUUACCAUCAAGUAGACGAUGUCAUUACACACUUGUUGCUCCGAACUAACUUUAGAUAUGGAGAGUCAAAUAAGUGUCAAAUUCCAACAAUUAAAAAGAUUCUUUUCUCUAACUCUUACAAUAUCCUCUUUCGCUUCGAUCUUUUAGGUGCUCGAAACUCUUGAUUGGCUCACCAAGUACUUCAGCGGUCAACGGGCUGAACUAGGAGGUCACGUGACUGGUGGCCUCUACACCAUGUGGAGGCCAUACAUCAAGCAGCUGUCACUUGUCCUCGGUUUCAUGUGUCAGCAGAUUGUCGUCAGAAGAGCGGCUGUUGUGUAUGCCAAUCGGGGCCAAGGAUUAGAGAAAGGUAUGGAGCCUUGUAUUAUAAGAAAUGGCUGAUACCGUAUUUCCUCGAAUAAGGGCUGACGCUCUAAUAGGCACCCACCCCCGAGUAAGCCACCCCCCAUCUCAGGCUACAAUAUCGAAGAAACGCCCCUCUCGAAUAAGCGCUCCAUCCUCCCUCAGUUUCUUAAAUAGUUGGAAUGCAAGGAAAACCUGUUUCUUUUGUUACUUCCUAAAUUUUUAAGCUUCAACUACGACGGAAUCAGUACAGGAGAAUAAUAGGCGCCCUUACCAUAAGCCUAAAAUUUUAAAUAAGCGCCUGUGCUGCUAUUCGAGAAAACAUGAAGAACAUUAGGUAUGACACUAAUAAUUUUCGGGGAAUUCCGAUAAAUUGUGCGAAGCGAGGAUGAAAAGAAAAUCAGGAGGAAUCGUAAAAUUUCCACGAAAUCUCCAUGAUCCACAUAAUGCACACUCGCAGAUCAAGUAGUAAUGUGAUUCCCUAUCGCUGUAUUUUAUUUCUGUAGUUCUUACAGAACUCUGGGAGCUGAUCUGUAGAGUGUUUGAGCCAUGGAUUUGCUCACAAGAGUCUCCGAUUCCUGGGUAUGUUUUGAACAUCAUUUAACUUUCCCAUUCUCACUGGAAACCUUUGAGCUGCUGUUGAUAUGCAAAUGCUUCUUCUGAUGUGGUUUUUGGUUUUUGUUUUUUUUUUUUUUUGUUUGGUAUUUCUUUUUUAUAAGUUUUUUUCGUUUUUGGUUUGAGAAUGACCAGUUACACCUGAUCUACUCGUUUUACAGGAAUGUACCAGUAGCUCCUUGGAAUGAGAGUGAAGUUCCUCAAGCAGCAGAUAUGAUCAACUUGUUUACCGACACACUGAACUGCCUACAGACCCAUUUAAAUGGUAUGAUAUAGGCAAAACUGUGCUGAUUUAAAUGUAUAUAGGACAAAGUGGACGAAGGUUUAAGAAUAAAACGUUUAUUAGCACCUUUUCUGGAGGAUUACGAUUAACGCCUUUGGAAGAUACUCCAAAUUUGUUCAAGAAAAAUGCAAAACGGACAACAGGAAACCAAGAGCGAACACGGGUGGGUCAGAAUAGAGAAAAGUAAAACGGAUAAAAAAAUAAUAAUAAUAUGUUAGGCCAAACAUGACGUUGCUGUUUUUACAGCGUACGGUCUGCUGUAUUUUUUGUUGGUUCUGCUAUGAUUUGUUCCUUCUUUUAUUCUUCUUGUCUUCUCUCUUUGUCUUGUUGUUGUUUUUUUAUUUAACUUAGUCAGACUGGGACGAAAUCAAUUGAAGUUAGCCCUUUUAGCAUCUUUCUUGACCGAGUGAUUUUGUUUUCUUUACAUUUCAGCUCCUCACAGCGGAUCAUCUAUGAUGAACAUGUUUUGGAGUUUCUUCGUAUCAUCUUUGACCAAAGAGGGAAUACCCGAAUACGUGCUCAGAGUGUAUCGCUCUAAGUUCUUUCAACUCCCAUGGCAGAGCUUCAUUCCGACAUUACAUAACAUGCAACUUAUGCAGGAGGUUUGUUGUUUUUUCUCUGAAAAUUCGCGUUUUUUGCCCUCAAAAAAGUAUUUCUCAGAAUGCUUUCUUGUUACACAUAAGCACUACUUUCGUAGUAGGAGAUAUUUCAAAGAUGUUUGCAAGAUGCAAAACAUAUGAAGGGCGUCAUAUUUGGCGAAGUUAUCAGAGCAUCAGAAAACCUUUGUUAUGCUCACACUGUAUUACCUAAAGAGACGGAAGGAGGGGAGGGGGUGGGGAGAGGGGAGGGGGUGGGGAGAGGGGAAGGGGUGGGGAGAGGGGAGGAGAAAUAGAAAACGUUUCCAUAACGUCCAAGUUUUUUCUCAAGUCUCUCCAGCUCUUAGAUGCGGCUACGAUUCAAACGAGGAGAAAAUCUGCUAUUGUAUUUGUAAAAUAUUUCCCAAAAUCGUGUUUUCAUACCCUCAUUUAAAUACACCUAUCGGCCGGUGAGAGCGCUUGAAGUACCUCUAAACUUUUCGUCGGUUUUCGAGUAAAUAAAGCUCUUAAACAUAUUUGAAGAGCGUGUAACAUUGUAAUAAUUUUCUCUCUUCGUAGCUGUAUGGUGUGUGCAAGAACAGUUUUAGGUUCCUUGGUGCCGUAUUUCCUCUGAUGGACUGGAACCACAUAAUUUCUCUGUACUCGUAAGUUGCAUGUGUUAUGUAUCUUUUAAGUUCUGAAAGUAGCUACCCUGGUACUCUUUUCGAUGGACCGCGUAUUACGGAGUCGUUACUUUUGCAAAAUUAAAGUUUGGAUCAUGACCAGUUUUAAGGUACUAAAAUUUUGACGACUCUAAAACGAACAUAAACUCUUUUUUAUCAAGAAUAAGAAAUCUUUCCGUGUUUACGCCCAAAUGUUUGGGCUCCCUUGUUAAACUGAGCAUAUGAAGAAAGAGCCUGUUACAUCUGUUGCCUGAUUUUCGUUGUCUUCCGACAAUGGAAUUACACGUAUUUCUCUAUAUCUAGGGAGGGUCAAACCGCAGAGGUUGUGACUCGUCUCCAUUCUUCAUUGUUUCAUCUAUUGGUCAUGUUUUCAAAUGAGAAGGGAGUCAUGGCUGUACAGGUAAGUGAACUGACCCGUCAUGCAGAAAAACUGGUGUCCGGUGAACCGCAAAAUGAAUCAUUUGGUGUGAAAAUCUGUCAAGCGAACAAAACUAUUCUCCUUGCUAGAGUAGUGCGAAAGAAAAAAAUGGGACUUGCUCGUACUACAGCGCCGUGAAUAUUACGCUGGACUGCCAAACAAUUCUAGCGCAACAAAAAACGACAUAAAAGUAACAUAGAAUGCUUCAAGAACGUCGUACUUUUUGCUGUGGUUGGCUGUGAUUUAGUACACGGUGUCACGUCAGCCCGGAUUGAAAAGUGUAACCCUUAUUCUCCAUCAAGAAAUGAUCAAUGUAUACCUUCUCCUUACUAUAUCUAAAUUUUUGUUAGUAAGUAGGUUGUGAGAAUACGCUAACAAAGGUUUCCACAGACGUAACAUUGAAGUUUCUCACCUCGGGGACCUAGGAAAUGAGAGGUUAUGAUGGAGAAUUCUUUUUGAGAUAUUUAGAAUCAGACACUUAAGAUACGUUCUGUUUACAGGGUUCCAAGAUGCCUGAGUUACUCAAUGUUGCUCUCGCAUUUCCCUGGCAUUACCUUGAUGGAAGGUAAGUAUUGAACUAAUGCUUUGCUUUUAGAUUUCCGGUAUUCUACUUUAAGUUUGAGGGAUUAGAUCUUUGGAGAGCUAUGAAUCGGCUUGUUAGCAUCUCAUUAAUUGAAUUCAAUUGAAUUAAGCAGAAUGAAUACUCACUUUAGUGCAAGUUGGUUUUUGUUUUGUCUUGUUUUGAUUGUUUUUCAACUAAAUCCUUGUUUCCUUGGUUGGUCUUGCAAAAUCCAAUUGUCAAACUGAAGUAAAUCCCACAAAAUAAUGACAUUUUUUUUUAUUUUCACAGAACUUUCGAGCAAGUUGUCUCUUGGCAAGUUGAUAACGGUUCAGCUGAGUUGGUGCUAGACGAGAAAUCUUGCAUCUGGCAUGCGUUGAGGUUAGUAACUUAGCUUUUCCACACGAAAUCAAAACCCUGGAAAAUUAUGCUUCCAGUUCUUUUACCGGCAUCACAGUUUUUUCAAUCUAUCGAUGAAUAUAACUCUCAAGACAAUAUCUGAUUUUCAUUUCAAAAACGUCUUCUUGUAACUGCUGUUUGAUGAGCCGCUUCAACACAACUUCGACACAAAAGGCCGUUUGUUCGUGAUCUUACUGUGGUAGACUUCCUGGUUAUGAAUAGAGCCAUUUGGAAUUAGUUAAAGAAAUAGUGUUGGGAUAUAUAUUGAAGAGAAACAUAUAUCCCUCGAUUUCCGAGGGCUUUUUCAAGAACAUUUCCAGUAGUCAUCUCGGUCAGUUUGAACAAAUCGGUCCUUACUCAAGACAGGACAGCGGUUUCAAAUUAGCCACUGGUAUUGAUGCACACCAAGUUAAUAGUGUGUUAGUGUGUUAGAGUAUUUUGUUUUAUUUUAGGUUGAUCAGAGCUGCUGCAGGAAUUGUAGUCUCUGAAGAUGGCUCCAUGCAACCUACACGCCCUGUAAGUUUCUUCUGAAAUGCCUUUGCCGUGCUGAUUGUUAAAAAUGGGCAGAAUGGCCUGUUAAUUGUUUUCUAUUUUAACAUUCCUCAUGUCAUCAAGCUUCUUAGACAUAAGCCAGAAUUGGUGAUUGGUGGAAUAACGGUACAAACCAGAGCGUAGAUUUUAACGUGUCGAGAAAAUAGCAGAUGGGCAUCCUCACCAGAAAUUUUGCUAAUAGGGAAAGAGAAUUUCAGAAUGAAAGCCCUCCAUCGCGGUUGACCGAGACGCAAUUUUAGAGGUUGACCUGAACGUUUCCCCCUCUCCCACCACGGUGGGGACAAAUUGUCCCGUUCGUACAUAUUCCCGAGUGCAGAGCUGCGUGCAACAAAUUGCACAAUUUUGACCUCCCUAAGGUAUCAUCGCAUGAUCUGAAUUGAGUAGAAACAUGAUUGUGACCACGGAAGCCUAGUCUUCUUUUUUUCUUCAUAUCUUUACUCAAGCUGGGAGCAGUUAAUGUCUUAGGUAUGACAUGGUGAUAACCUACUUUGCUCUGAAUUAGAGUGCACGGUUUCAAGAAGUUGAUCAAGUGGUCAGAUCGUCCGUUUGCGAAACGUUGUCCUGAAAAGUACUGUUGUCAAUAACAGGGUCUGACCUUUCGAAAACGUGAGCGAAAUUCAUCGUUAGGGUCAAGAAGCAUGACACACCCUUCCUUCCCCAUGUUUUAUGGGAGUUCUCAUCCUGAGUUUCCUGCCAUCCAAGAUGGGCAGGAAUGCUAAUAAUCGUUAGUUGAGUGUAAGUUACUUGGAAAUUAUAAACAUUUCAAAUAUUUUCGAGUAACAAGCCAACAUUCUAUCUUGUUUCAGGACACAGCAGCAAAGCGUGCGUCGUACGUUCGAUGUGUAGCAAGUCUGCUGUCCAAGUGCUCGAUGGACACAAAACACAAAGUCAAAUCUUACGGACCAGUGAUUUUUUUUGUACUUAAAGAUAUCGAGUCUGUUGCUGGUUCAGGUCAGUAAAGAGCGCAUUGACCUACAAACGGAAAAUUCCUCGUCUGAGAAAUUUCGAAUUAUUUUCAAGGCAGAAACGCUCAGUAACCAAUAAAACACUUUGGAAUGCACUCGCUAUAGCUUCACAAGAAAACGCGAAGGGAAAUUAUCGCUCUUCCCGGCAGAAAGUUGCGCAGUGUGAGAAGCGCCACCCCUGUUAAAGUGGUAAUUUCCGUUGAAGCUUCGAUUUUCUCAAAGGUAUCCUAAGAUAUAUUUUGACCACUUACGUCGAUCAGUCCCCAGCUUUCUCUGACUUGGCGUGAAUUUCUAGAAUGUCAUCUUGUGAACUAUGAAUGACCUUCCACCUAGGUGUUGAUCCAGCAAGUACUGCAUCAGAGGUGUGCAUGAUGAUGUCCGAGGCACUCAACCUCUUGAACAUUUGUUCUCCCGUGGGAGAUGUACUCCGUGUUACUCUGGACUCUAUAUUGCAGUUCAUCCGCGAUACUUCUUGUACAAUGGUUGUCUUGGUGUCCAUAUCGGCAGCUUGUAGGACCCUUGCUAAUAUCCAGUACAUGGUCUCCGUUGCGGAGACUGGAAUCCAGUCAUUUUUUACAAAGUAUUCGCCACCAAACCCCACUGGGGCUCAAACGGACGUGGAUGGAGGCUGGGCACAAGUUGUACCCAGUGUAGCGGUGCCGGAGCUCGCACAAGAAGAAUUUGUUCAAGGUCAGUUCUAUUUUUGUUUUAUUUUCCAGGCCAAUUCUCGCCAGCUCCUCGGGACAAACCGCUCACUUAUAUAAAGAGAGAUUGUGACACUGUGAGAGGAUACAACACGAAAAUCCCGGACUAGACUCGAUCACGAGUCCUAUGUGAUUUCAUAGUUCGGUUAUGAGCUCUGGUUUUUGCUCUUAUCAACUAUCACGCUUAGAUAUCGAGAAUGAAUAAUCUCAAUUUUGUGGUACUGAUGUAAUAGCAGUUGAAAAUUUUAAGAACUCCUGUUGUUGUUGUUGUUGUUUUUUUUCUUUUUUUGGUUUGUUUUCAGCUGCACACUGUUAGGGUAUUAACUUAACUCACCAUCUAUCGCAGAAUUGACAGCUAGUAGCGUAGGAGAAGAAGGCUGGACAAAAAACCAAUAGUCUGCGUCUUCUCCUUUGAUAAAACAAACUCUUGCAACUACUCGGGCGCUACUCUAAUGCACUUUUAUUCGGUUAGUGACAUAUUUCAUGGAGUGAUUUAUAUUAUUCUUUCAGAAUGUGUCAGGCAAGGUGCUCUGCUGACGCUCUACACAAACAUACUCCUUAAGUUGUCCUCAUGUCAAAGUCCAGUCCAAGAGAUGUCUGUUCUUACUGAUAUAGUCACGUGGUGCUCGCAAAUUAAAAUGAGGUGAGGAUAUGGAUAUGAUUUUUAGCGGGUGAAACAGAAUACACACUCAUCAGCUCGAGAGUUAGACAGUUGUCACGAUGUGAUAAAAGAUUCUCUGGAUCAGUUUAAAAGGAAAUGUAUAGAUCUACAAGGGAGAGUUACGAAUCAGAUCAUGGGGUAAAGAUUUGUGUCUGAACCUGCCUUUAUCUGAGUUUCUUAAUCUCGUUUAUCAUAGGCGUGAAUUUGAAACCAAGGUUACGUUACUGUGGCACAAGAUUCUCCAACUGUCUGUGAGACAGGUUUACUAUGCAAAAGGACCUUUACAAGAUUUGACCAAACAGCUGUCAUUUCUUGCUUCGUUUCUGCAUUCGUUAGGAGAAGACAAGUCUUCUGCUGGUUUGUUAGGAGCUAUUGGAUUUGGAAAGAAGUCGCAGCUUAGUGUUCAGUGAGUAUUUUUGUGUUUUUUCUUUGAGCCGAUUGUCUCUAACACAGUCGACGCUCUCUGCGGGCAGUUUCUGCCACAACUACUUUGAAGGAAGCACCUUGCAAUUUUUAUGGUCACAUUUCAGCGACACAGAGUAUUGUCACCGAAUGAAAUAAAAGCUUAAAAUGAUUUUUUUUUCGGGUUGACAAACACCUACGAGAUAAGGAUAAUAAAAAAAAACCAGGGUGACGAAGGAUGGAUAAACAAAAAGUUUAAAAGAAGUGUCAGUCGAAUUUUUCAAGAUUGAUAAACUGUAGCCCUCUAUUGACAGAACUGUGAUUGAGGGUAGUUGAUUUAGGGUGCUAGAAGAAACUCGUGAAUCACUUGAGCGAUCUCCAGUUUUUAACACUAUGUUGAAACAAACUCACCUAAAAAUCAGUACAUUGUACGUAGUUCUUAAAUUUCUCAUUUCUUUGCAGAUUCCGGUUCAUGUGCCGCGCAUUGGAAGCUUUCCUGCUGGCACAGAUGCCUUCAAACUCUCUUUUGAGACUAGAAGCCAAAGCCCCAGGAUAUGUGCGAGAACCGAAAGGGGUACGAUCAGAAUCCUUCAGUCCAAUUUCACUGCUUGAGAGUCAAAAUAGAAUUUUUUCCUGAAACUUUCAGAAUACUUUACCACUUUACCAUCUGGUGUCGAAGAACUAAAACCAUAGUUAUCACAACGGCCAUUAAGAGCAAAUUUAUAUACCACUGAUAUCUCAAGGAACACAAAUACUCGAUUUCCAGCGCGGUAACACGAUAGGGAACUGAGCGCAACUGGCUUUAUUUUCACAUCUGAUUGGAUGACGUGAGUUUUUCUACACCAAUACAAGGCGGAAUGAAUGAAAUUAAUGCAAUCAUGAAUUACUUUCGACUCAUUAACAACGUACUCUUUGCGGCUUUACGAAUAAUCAUCUUGGAAAUCUAAUGUGCAACGUAGAAGAACUACUUCCAAAGUGUGCCUAAUGUUGCUUUUUUUUUUGUUCUUUCGUGGCAGACAAAGCAGUUAGCCCCAGGCGGACGUGUCAUUUCUUCCACUGCCGAAGCCGAGCAAGCUCUGAAUAACUUGGAAACACUUCGAGUUAACAAACAAUACGCGAGUCUUGCAGAACACAUCAUGGAAGCUUAUUCAUUUAUUGCUAAUCCUCUGAAUUCUCUCAUGGAAGGACCACAGUUUGUAGUCAUGCUUGUGCGUAAACUGUUUCCAAACGAUAGAGCAUUAGAUAUCAUCGCGGUUUAAAAAAAUCAUUGAAUCAAUGUCCUCGCUAAGAGGAAAGACAAUUUAUAUUUAGCUAUAUAAAGGAAUUUCAAAAGCGUAAUUUCUGCCCAAGUUUAUAGGCAGGAAAAAAUUACUACAAUUCACAAAUAUUGUAAUUCAUUGCGAUGAGUCAGGGAUACUAUGCGGGCAUUGCGUGGUAAUUUGUACUUUAAAAUACUAGUCGUGGAUAUGGAGUAGAGUCAGAAAAAUUUGGGAAUCCGAGCGUUCCACCCAAAGACAUCAGAAUAUUCCUCGCUUAAGAGACUAAAAACGAAUCGACGUUGCUAAGCAACUCUAUAUUUCAGGAGCUCGAAUAGCCAAAUGACGUCGGACAUUUUUCGGCUACUAGUGAGAUUUCGCCGAGGAUGCUAUAUUUUGUUACUUUAAUUUCUGACCGUUAGAAGUGCCUUAAGUAAAUAGUGAUUUCGCUACUUUCUCUAUUACCUUUCUGUCGAUGAUGUUGGACAAACACAGAAAUCUAGGCUAUUAAUGUACUAAAAAGAAAAAUCAGUUUCCACUGUGAUUCUGUGGACCUGCUCCAAUUUAAAUUGGUAAUAAAAUUCCUUCACUAUGUACAAGAUAGCGAGUUGUUUACCCAUACAUCACUUCGUCAUACCUCAUACAGUGGCCUUGCUGUAACGCUCUUGAAACGAAACUUAAAACAUGGAAUGAUUUCGUAUGAAGAAAUUCGACGAACGGUUAUGUUAGGGAUCUUCGCAGUCAGUCGCAGUUUCGAAAAUUUCUUGAAGGAAAAUAUUUUCAUAUAGGUAACUAGAUACAGAAGGGAAUAACUUUCAGCUUUCGCUGAUCUCGACCGGGUGCAAUUCAGUUGGCUCCUUCAAGUAGAUGUUUUUAGGUGAAGGCAGUCGUCAAUUGACCAAAGUUAUCCAAGAUUUGAUCGAAAUAAUCGAGCCUGUAUUUUAACCUUACAACUAAUCGCGACUUGUUAGCUCACCUUUUCCCACUUAUGUAAUAUUAGGUCCUUCAAAAAUAUUUUCCGAUUUGCUCAGCAUGCAGUUUUGAUUACGCUUUAUUAUAUCCAUACUCUAACGAAAUUUCUCACUUAAUCAUAUUUAAUGACACGAGACAACGAACAGAUUUUAAAAAGGUUUCACCAACAACCCGAAUUUUGAUCACUGAAGCUGUACAAGGAAAAGACAGUCACAUAGUAGAAAUAAUUUAAAUUUUUAUUAUUAUCGUCUCUUUAGCUUCUGAACUUAACUCUGCAAAAAUAAUAAGUUAAUAUUGAUCUUCAAAUAUUGCACACGAAGCUAAAGGCAACAGUUACACCUCGUGAAGAUAACAAAAAAAAAUGAUGGCUUUUGAACCACUUUUCUUUGCCUACAAGGUGAAGGUGAUUAGAGAAGCUUUUGUGAAAGGUUAGGAAAAAACCUUCAGUCUUAAGAAGUUCGCUAUUCACUGCCUUUUCCAAAUUCUCGCCGCGUUUUAGCGUUAACGUUAAUUUCUGGCAUGUUUUACCAAUUACCUGGAGGAUGCAAACGUCGUAAGAUAACAUUCCUAGCUCCUCCAAACGAAAGCAGUGGCUAACGACAACAUUUAAAUCCAACAACGCCUUGAACAAACUUCAAACCAAUUUAAGCCAUGAGGCAAUUUAUGAGCUUGUAAUCAUUGUCACAUAAAAGAUGAGAAGACUGGUGCUCUAUACAAAUAACUUUGACC